GUCUAAACCACAGCUGAAAUCAUUAAUCAGUUUUGUGGUUUCACUGUGAUCCACAACAGCGUGUAAUGUGAACUGUAGGCAUCAGGUUGCGUCUCUACCUAUUGGCAUGUGUGAUACCUCAUCUCUGGAACGGUCAUGAAUCAUUCAGCAUGGCAGUGAAAGAGCUUCCUGAAUGCCUUAUAGCAGUCUCCGAGCCCUGCAAAGUAAAAUGACGUGCAUGUUCAGUGUUAGCUUCUUCUGGCUUACCUUACUUUGUUGGUUUUGCACCCCAAAACUGGAAACUGCUUUUGGAUCGAGCAUAGCUCUGGGAUUACCUGAUAGAUCUUCCUGCAAACCAGGUUUUUACUGCCCAGAGGAAGGUGUGGGUCCAGUUCCAUGUCCAAGAGGAACAUUUGGGCCAAGUUUUUGGGCCACAUCAGUAAAUGGCUGUAUCAGCUGUCCACCACAUCACUAUGGACCUAGAGAAGGUAUGAGCAACUGCGUUCCCUGUGGGACCUGGUCACACCAACCUCUGUCAGGACAGGACAGCUGUAUAUGUUUGCGAGAGGGACAGGUCUUUCAGGCCAGUGAUGGGCUGUGUCCCUGCACUUUGGGAUAUAAACCUAUAAUGAAAGGGGAGGCUUGUGUGUCGAAAGUCUAUGAGAUCUGCAAAGACGGAAGAGCACGCAACCAGCUUGGGGAGUGUCUAGACCACAAGCAAUGGAAGCAGUAUUGUUCUGAACAGGUAUGUUCAUCUCCUGAGGUUUAUGAAGGCUACGAUGGCUCCUUGGGCCUGUGUUUGUGCAAGGGCCUGUCCGGGCCCGAACAGGAAAGGAUUGACUGUGUGGGCUGGUGCCGAAACACACAGAUUCCAGUUCUGCAGGUGGUUUGCACUGAAAGCCUUUACCUGCUUUACACAGAAUCAAAUCGACAGGUGAGCAUGUCUGGAAGCUUGCUGGAGAAUGCUCUUAUACGCUGGGACUCCCAUGGGAACUUGGAGUGCAACACGCAACUUAACUUCUCCAGGCCUGUGUACACAGUGCAGACAGGGGAGGCGGGCUUCUUUGGUCUGCACAGUGCCGUCCCUGUGGAGGUCCAAAAGUUGAUUUUGGCUCACAGCCAAGACACCAACAGCCCCUUUGAGCUCCCAGAUACACACAACGUUGCUGAAGAGGACAGAGGUACCAAUGAAGACAAAAUGGAAGAAUGGAGCUCUCACUGGUCCCUCAAAUCAUCAGCAUUAAUUUCGUCAGACAGGCAGCCAGGAGGAAUCUUAAACCCAACAGCAUGUCUGCAUCCAGGAGACAUUCUUCUCUUUACUGUGACUGAACAACACUUCCCUCAGUAUGACGUAGACAACUUAUAUAACACUAUUGCUGAUUUUGACUGGGGACCCUUGAGAUUACUGGCACAGGACCAGAAACUGCCCAAAUCUGCCCAUUCCUUAUUCUCCAUGAGUUUCAGUGAUCCUGGGGUUUAUGUCUUUAAACUCAGCAGCCACCACCAUAGACACAUGUAUGUGAGGGUUGUGCCCCCUGGAGGAGAAUGCUAUGACUCUGGGCCCUUCUUUCCUUCUGACCCACAUCAUUUGACUCGCAUGGGCAUCGCUCUGAGGCGCCAACUGCUGCUUCGUCCUGAUUGGCCGAUGAUUGGUGGACUUCUAGUUGGAGCUGUGCUAGUCUUGUUCCUGUGUGUCACAAUAUUGAUCUUGUUCAGAGAAUACGGCUGGCCCGAAAAACUGUCAGCUCAAGUCACCUAUCGUGAUCUGCAACUCGGGUACAACAUGGAUGAUUAUUCAUCUAAGGGAUCCAGGGUGGUGGCUGUGAAAAAAACGCAUAGAAACCUGCAGGUGGGCUUGACGGAGGGUUCUGUGGAGAGAGCGGUAGCUCUGGUGUCAAGUGAGUUCUGGGACUACGAAGAGCAAGUGGAUCUGGAAGCCUUCAGUUCCAACAUGUUUUACGACAUCCUGCUCAAGCACAGCGUGUCUGUCACGGCGCGCCUCGGGCAGCUCAGAGGAGAGGUGAAGCUGCUCUAUCAGGGGGUGAUGGGGAAGUUGAGAGAGCUCCACCCUGGCCUAAGGAUGUUAGGGGGGAAAACAGAAGGACUUGAGAGACAGGUUAAGCAGGAGAUGGUCCGGAGAAGAGUGAUGGGGAAUCAGCUGGUCCAGCUGUUGGAGGGUCAGAUUCAGAUACUGAGGGUGGAGAUGAGAGCGCAGCAGACCAUGCAGAAGAACUUCGGAGCGAGAUUGAGGGAGUGUUUAAGACUAUUGAGACUGCUCACUGAGGGCCAGGAAUCACUCUGGGAUGGACAUAUUAAACAACAUGUUCAAGAGCGAGUGGCUAUGCUUGUAGAUGAGAUGUCUGAGAUGGUAUCAGUGGAGAGCCAGAGGCAGGGGGCCUGGGUGGUGCUUAAAGAAAGCACUGGAGCACAGCUGUUAUGUCCUGCCACUGGAUCAGUCCUCAGUAGAGACGACAUCAUUGCUCCUGAUGGGUCUGUUAGAGCUUGUGAUGCUGUUCAUGUAGACCCCCUCACAGGCCUUAUUCAGCCCAACCCCAAUGCCCAUAUGUUACUAGCCAGUGGGCACAGCAUGCCCGUGCCCCCCGACUUCUUCCUUCACCCCCAGACUGGCACACUGCUGCCCGUUGUAGGGAAUGUGGGCUUUGAUCCAGUUACCUCCACCCUUGUCUUCACAGCCGAUGAUUGCGUAGGUGAGGUGGGCAAAUGGGAAACACCACUUCUACCUUUUAUUCCAUAUCCUCCUUCACGGCAUGCUGAAAUCAAUGGCGCUUCGAAGCUACGGGGGCUUCGUUCGGGUCAGAGGCUGGUGCUUGGCGGACUUAUGUGCGAUUAUGAUUCUGGAGUGUUGGUCCCUGUUCUGGCAGUCACCAUUCACCAACAAACAGGACUGGUUUAUCCUUUGGGUGGCAUGCACACGUGCCCGUUCUCACGAAUGCCGCGGCCCAUUCAGGUUGGCUGUCCCAUGCUGGACCCACGUACUGGCAACUUGGUGCUCAUAACAGGGGUCAGUCUUGACCCGUUUACAGGUGCUGUAAUUCCCGUUGGGGGGCUUGUUCUGGGCGAGUCCUUUAUCGAGCCCUUGAGUGGCCGGAUGGUGCGGGUUGGUGGAGGCAGUGUGAGGGGAGGGAAGGUGGUGCCCCACGCUGGGGGUUUUCAGGCUCUGUUGGACAGUCAGGUUUUGGGCGCUUGCUUACGGCUGGCGGAGGUCCUGCAGGGGUGCGGUGAGGAGUGGAGCUCAAGGGCUGCUGAUCUGCAAGGUGACUUGGACAGACUAUCAGCUGCAUCAUCUGAGCUGGAUCAGGCCUGGAAGAGCAGCCAGCGAUGUGCUCUACAGCUGCUGAGCCGCCUCGAAGCUGUGCAGGAGUGGGCCAGGGGUGUGGCUGAGAGCGGAGGUAGUGUUGGGGAGAUCAAACUGCCUGGCACUGAGCUCUCUUUGGCAGCUCUGCCAGGGUUGGAGUACCCUGACCCUGGGGGCUCUGGUCUGCACGUCCCGGUUCUGGGGGCACAGCUGGACUGGAUGUCAGGCUGUAUGGUUCCUCUGGCAGGAACUAUGGAAGAUGCAGAUGGUAAAGGGCUGGUUCCAAUACGUCUGGGAGCCCAGACGGUUGACCCCGUGACGGGUGUGCUGGCUCCUGUUAUCGGGGCCAGUCUGGAUGUUUGGAAACGGACUGUGGCCCCUGUAACUGUUUCCCAGUAUCUUGCGUCAGGAGAAAGCCCAGACAGUGUAAUAGUGGAAGCUCUCCAGAAGGAAAGCAACGUUCGGGUGGUUUAUUGGCGUCAGCAGUCGCUUAGGGAAGAGGAGAUGGUGCGGGAUUUUGACAGAGCUGUUAAACGCUAUCUCUCCUCGGCCGUACAUGAGUCUGACUGUAUAGACUGGAUAGACACAGACAGGCAGCUAAGGGAGACUGCUGCAGAGAUCCAGGAAAUGGCUCAUUGUGAGGCCCAGAGAAAAGCUCUACAAAUCUCAGAGUUAUCGCUGCUCCUACCAGCCCAUGUGUUACAUGCUCUCACAGGAGGGGAUGAGGAGGAGUGGGAGCGGCAGUGUAUCUGGCACACCGAGCUGACAUCCGUGCUGAACCGAGUGAGUGUGUGUAUGGAGAGAUUGCAGAGGGACCAGGAUCAGCUGUCACCACAGGAAGUGCAAAAUCCGGAUGGGAAAUCCAGUGCGUGGGAACUGUGGGAGCAAUUAAUGCAGAAACAAGCCGAGCUGGAUGCCGUUCUUUCGUCUCUUCACUGUGCCCGUCAGCUCUCUCAGCUGUGCGCCGAUACCGCGCAGUCCUUGGCGUCUGGCACAUUUUGGUAUAGGGACGUCGGUAUGCUGCAGUCCAAGGGUGUCGAAAAUCAUCUGAAGGUUGUAGCCAUGACUCAGCAGAAAAUCCUUCCUCUGCUGGAAAGACUCGUUCAGCUCCUGGAGGAAAAUAAAGCACUUUGUCAAUCGACCAGCAGCCAGCGACAGACAAGCUCUGGCGUCUCCGCUCGGUCCUUUAAAGAUCUAAUAAAAGAUCUGUCUAUGAGUAAACAGAAUGUCUUAAUGGCCUCUCUUCCUGUCGUAAACUCUUCUUAUAUGAAGAAAAUGCAGGGAAAAUCUCCGUUGAACCAAAGCCAGGAUGUACGGUCCCUCCAGGAACCCGGGCUGCCAGCGCACAUGAGUGUCCCGAAGCUGUCAGAGGAAGACUGGUCCAAACUGUUAGGGUUAUCUCCUCUGUUCCAGCUGAUGAAAGAAGUGGAGCAGCAGCUCAGGGACAGUGCCGGAGAUAGGGGCCUGCUGAAGAUCCAGUCCUCAGGGACAGGAAGGUCAUUUAUGGACUUUUUGGAUGCGCAGUGGAGGUGUGAGGGAGAGCUAAAUAAAGUGAGCUCUGAUACCCUCAACCCACGAGAGCUUUUGCUCUACCAGCACGGACAGUUUCUUCUUCAGCAUCUGCACUCACAUCAAAUGAUCCCGGCGAUAAAACUGCAGUUGGCAUCCAGUCUCCCUUUUAAUGCUUACCACAACAAUGCUUUCUGCAAUUCCUUCUAUUAUCAGGAGGGAGAGAAAACUCUCUUUGUUCGUAUCCAGAGGUUGCAGUCGGUGGGCGGCCUCUCUCUGCUGCUGAUGCACUGUGCCGCACACAUUUCUACUGGCCAGAUGAGGACUGACUCAACUCCUGCCUUCCAGAGAGCUUUCUACAAGGUUCUACAGGUGGUUCUAAAUGAGCUGUUCAAUGCGAGACUGGGACGCGUUCAUAGUGCGAAGGAUGGGAGGACAGGAUAUAGUAUGAGCUCUGAGUCUGACACAGCUCUUGACGCUCUUCUGCUGGAAAGAGUACAUAAACCCGGCCCGGAGGAUGAGGUUCUGGAGCGUUUGCAGAAAUACAGGGAGGCUUCAGUGUUCCGCCAAGUCGAGAGUCUCCUGAGGGAGUCUUCUAAGAGCCUAGAGAUCAGCCACCUCAACACUGACCUGUCACUCAACGACGGUGCUGAGAGCCAAGACCCCGCACCUCUAUGAGCUGGUGAAGGGGUUAAAAUCGAGCGAUGUGUCUUGUCAGGAGGAAGCUUUGGAAAAUGCCGAUCAAUUAAUCGCCUCUCUGGAACUGAAGGAAGCAUGUACAUCCAAGAUCAAUAAGAGUGUUACAAAC